AUGGCCGCGCAGGAGGCAGCCAUGGCGUCUCCCGGCCCAGCCGCAGACGCCUCCCCUGCCCAGGCUUCGCCCACCCUAGGCGAGCUGUGCCCCCGGUGCUCCUACAGACGCACGGCUAUCAAACCCUAUCGCGCUAGGGCCAGAACAGGAGCAGCGAUUCAGAAUGGGAGCUCAUACAGCAGAAGAUACGGCCUGGACGGAGCCCCAGCCUGCCUGAGAAGCUGGCAGCGCUGUUCUACAACGUCUCGUUCGGAGGCGGCAUCUACGGCUUGCUGCUGGCCGUACAUCUUUGCGGUCCACCCCCACGGCAUCCUGUCUUUCUCGGCCUGGCUAGCCUUUGCCACGGAGGCGCUCGGCUUCUCCAAGCUCUUCCCCGGCAUCGACUGCCGCGUGCUGACCCUGAGCAUCAACUUCAAGGCACCCUUCUUUCGAGAGUAUUUGCUGCUGCACGGCGUGUGCGAUGUCUCCAAGCGUGCCUGCCUGACCCUGCUGGGGGCUGGCAAGUCGGUGAUGAUUGCGGUGGGAGGCGGCACAGAGAGCCUGUUUGCGCGCCCGGGGGCCAACGACCUUGUGCUGAAACGUCGCAAGGGGUUUGUGAAGAUCGCUCUGCGCUCGGGGGCCAGCCUGGUGCCUGUGUAUGCCUUUGGCGAGAACAGCACCUACAGGACGGCCAACGAGCUGCCCACUGGCAGCCCUCUUCGCCGCUUCCAGCGCGGCAUGACCCGCUACACAGGCUUCACCCUGCCGCUGUACUUUGGCACCGGCCUGCUGCUGCCCUGGGGCUUCCUCCCCUUUCCCGUAAAGCUGGAGGUGGUGGUGGGCGAGCCGCUGGAGGUACCCAAAUUCGAAGGCGAGGAGGCCAGCGCCGAGUUUGCUGCCCUGGUGGACCGCCACCACGCCCGCUACGUGGCUGCCCUGAAGAAGCUGUUUGAGGAGCACCGCGACAAGUUUGCCAAGGGCGAGGCGGACCUGCAGCUGGUUGAGUGAGGAGUGGCGUUCUGACCCGCCCUGGCAGCAUGCAUCCAGAAGCGUCCUGGCGUUUUCGGGGCUGCUGAGUUGGCGGCGAAGCUUGGUUGGUGCGGCAGAGUAUGAGCCCUGCAUUUCAUCUGUACAUUCGAGGCAAGCGGCAGGCCUCCCUUCUACCCAUUCACAAUUCCGUACUCUGGCUCCACUGCGCCUGCCGACAUUCAUUCACAUUCAUGCCUCUUGCAAUGGCGCCUGUAAAGAGCCUUCCGC